UCAGAGUGGGAGUACGCUCACCGCCGUCGCUCCGUACCACAUUUACCACAAGAAGCUUCCCCCACCACCACGACCCUUCCCAUGGUGUUGCACGGACCAUAGCCGCCACCCGACACGCCCCCCGAGCCAGGACCAUAAUGCCAGCGACCACUACCCCGUGUUAGUGCUAGUAUGAACGACCACUGCUACUACUACUACUAUGACGACUGCUACGACUACGACCUGACUGCUACUGCGACGACUACUACCACCACACGCCUACCACCACCCCAGGCAGAGGUGGUGAUGAGCUUGUGACGACGAGUAACUGUGAUAAUCGUGGUGGUGGUGGUGGUAGUGGUGGUGGUAGAGGUGGUGGUGGUAGUGGUAGUGGUGGUGGUGGUGUGUGGUGGACUUCGUGUGUGGUGGUGUGGUAGUGGUGGUGGUGGUGGUAGUGGCGGUGGUGGUAGUGGUGGUGGUGAACUUACGAAGAUUUUGGUUGCCCUCGCUCACUCCUCCGCCCCCCCUUAUCAGAUGUGUUCUCUCCUUUCUCCGACUCCAGCUUCGUAAGGGGAGAGAAAACGGGAGAGAAAGAUACCGAGCGAGAUAAGGACGGAAAGAGAGAGAGAGAGAGAGAGAGAGAACUUCCACCUGCCUUAAUUAAUGAGUUACCUGUCACAAGAGCCGAGGCAUCCGGGACAAUUUAAUACUAGGAACCUUCGCACGAGUCUUUCCUCUCUAUUCCUCGCAUCCUCGCGUGCAAGAAACAUCCAGGAGUGCGGGAGACUGACGAGACGAGAAGGGAUGAUUGUUUUGGCUCCUCGCAGCUGAAGAAAGAAAAGAAAAAGACAAUAAAAAGAAGUGGAGAAGAAAUUGACGAGUCCGUGUGUGCGUGUGUGUGAACCCUUUUUUUAUAAGAUUCUGAAGGUGUUUAAUGCAUUCGGAAACUGUAUGAUGCAUUCUGAACCUCUAUAAGUGAUUCUGUGCCUGUUUGAUGCAUUUUGGACCGAUAUAUAUUGCAAUCUGAAGCCGUUUAUUACAUUCUGAAACUGUAUGAUGCAUUCUGAGCCUGUUUGAGUGAUUCUGUGCCUGUUUGAUGCAUUUUGAACCUAUAUAUUGCAAUCUGAAGCCGUUGAAUACAUUCUGAAACUGUUUGAUGCAUUCUGAAGCUGUUGAUAGAUCAUGAACCUGUUUGAUGCAUUCUGAACCUGUCUAAAGGAUUCUCAAGGUGUUUGAUUGAUUUUGAGACUGUUUGAUGCACCUGGAAUCUAUCUGAUGCAGUUUGUACCUGUUAAAUGCUUUCUGAACCUGUUUAACGGAUUCUGGACCCAUAUCAAGAGAUUCCAAACUAGCAAACUUUACCCGGACACUCAGUGAUGUGUUGAUUUUGUAGAUGCCAAUGAGAGGGGAAAAAAAUAUUGAAGAGAGGUUUCGAGCGUUGAAAGAAUACUGAACCUGGUUUAUGGAUUCUGAGCUUAUUCCAAAAGGGGUUCCAAGCCUGCAAAUUGUACCCGGGAGCUCAGGCAUGGAGUUAUGGAUUCUGCGGACCCCAAAACGACUCUAAUACUCCUCUAAAAAGACUCUAAAACGAUUCUAAUACGCUUCUAAAAGACUCUAAAACGAUUCUAAUACGCUUCUAAAAGACUCUAAAACGAUUCUAAUACGUCUCUGAAGACUCUAAAUCGGUUCUAAUACGCCUCUGAAGACUCUAAAUCGGUUCUAAUACGCCUCUAAAAGACUCUAAAACGAUUCAAAUACGCCUCUGAAGAUUCUAGAACGAUUCUAAUACUCCUCUAAAAAGACUCUAAAACGACUAAAAAGACUCUAAAUCGAUUCUAAUACCCCUCUAAAAGACUCUAAAUCGGUUCUUAUACACACGGUCAUCGGAAGAGUCUGUAGUCGAUAUUUUCAUACGCCUCGCCUCCCACACCAACCACUUCCAUAGGCCUAAAAGGAGAUUAAUCGGCUUCUCAUGAGUGUUUUUUUUCACGUUCAUGGUACAGAGGAAGGGUCACACUACCACCAGGGUCAUAACACUAAAACUACCCCUGGAGAUGCCCCCCACAACCCCUACGUAAGCCUUGCCAAAUGUGUGAUGCAUGGGCGCCCAAAAGGUUCAAGAAUGUGACUGUCGUGUGUGAUGGUGUCUGAUUCUCUGAUUCUGCUGAGGAGGUCGAGAGCGCUUUAAAGGGAUUAUGGUAAUGUUCUAAAAGGCUUAAGAACUGUUUUUAAGAUACUCUGAACUGCUGCCUCUGACGACUACUGGAAAAUAUUAAAGAAAGGAGUCUCGAAACGGCUUGUGAGAGGCUCCGGAUCUACUUAAGAGGAAGUUUGCAUCGUGUUAAGAGUGAAUCAGAGUCCAAUAUAUAAAGAUCAGAUCCGGUUAUGAAGGAAUUGGAAUAUACGUAAAGGACCCAAACCCGAUUAAAAGAUAUCAGAGGCUGCAUAUUGAGCUUACAAAGGAUUGACAUUGUUCAGUCUGUCGAUAAGCGGUUUCAGCAUCUAUAUCAAGGAUCAGAAGUUACAUUCAAGAAAAAAAGAAAGAGAAGAGAUCAGUCAAUGCAAAGAGGAAACGAAACUAUAAAGAGAGCAUUCAAGACUGUUUUUAAGAGAUUCCAACACCCUACACUAUAAAUAAAGGAAUCAGAAUCUAUAUAAAAGCCCCUUGGAGAGAGGACAACUUCCAUAGAGAGGAUCGAAGGCAGUUUGUAUAGGAUCCUGACCCCCUAGAGUAUAGAUGGAGGAUCAGAACUCAUAUAGAACAGGACCAGGAGCACAGUAGAGGUUCGGAAGCCAUUGAGUGGGAGGGGAACCUCAAUAAGAAGACAGAGAAUGAGGGCGAGGUGAGAGCUUGCUUUGUUGUGAUUUCUGGAGCCUGGAAAGCAUGUUGAGGAGAAAAAAAUGGUUCCCGCUGAGAGCCGUGAGGAAGGAAGAGGCGUAGAGGAGUGACGAAGAGAAGGAAGGAAGGCACUGAGGAGAGAUUUGUGAAGUAGAGAAGAAAGGAAGAAAGGAAGAAGGAAGAGGCUUAUAAAAGUGACAAGGGAAGGAAGGAAAGAGGGAAAGAAGGAAGGAAGAAGAGAAGGAAAGCAUUGGUGAGAGAAGAGAGGUUUAGAAGAGUGACAGAGAAGAAAGAAAGGAAAGAAAGAGAGGAAGAAGGAAGGAAAAAAGAAAGGAAAGAAGGAGGAAAAUAAGUAAGGUAAGGAGUGUUAGAAGAAAAGCGAGGCGAACGGAAGAAAAAGAGAAAGGAAGAAAGGCGAGAAAAGUUAAGAAAAGAGAAAAAAUAAAGGAAAAAGAAGGAAGGAAGUGUUAGAAGGAUAGAAAAGUGAGACGAACGGAGAAUAAAAGAAAGGUAGGAAAUAUAUAGAGAAAAAAGAGUGUAAGAAGACAAGAAAAGAAAACAGAUAAAGAGAGGAAGCAAACCUGUGGAAAAAAAGAAAAAAAAAGAAACGAGACUAAAAAAGUGAGAUAAAAACAAUAAUAAAAACACUGAAAAUAGGUAGCAAGCGAGCGAUAAAAGACUAAAUUACACGAAAAUAAAAACAGAAACGUCAGUCAGAAAAGAACCAUCGUAUUAACGAGCGAAAUAAAACCCUAAAAAGUGAUAAAAGACUCAAACAUAAGAAAAUAAAGAAAACCCAGCCCGUCAGCCAGAAGGGAACCCUCGCACACGUUCAAAAUGAUGAUGUCCCUGCCCGUGACGUCACUCGCCGGGGCUGCCGUGUCCUCGCCGCUGGCCAGCCACAGCCACGACCUCGCCUCGCCGCCAGCCAGCCACGGACACAGAUUUGACUUCGCGCCGCAGACCUCGCCCGGCACGUUCAUCAGGGUGAAGCAGGAGCCGGGGUCGCCAGGCUGCAGCAGUGAGCCCCCGACACCCGGCGCCCCCGCCCUCGACGACCCGGACCUCCACGCCGCCUCCUGCUCCCCAGCCUCCGUGCACGAACAGAGCUACCAGGCGGCGGACAGCACGCCCUCGCCCACCACGGCCAGCUCCGCCAGCAGGAACUUCGUGCCCUGCAAAGUGUGCGGUGACAAGGCGUCCGGCUACCACUACGGCGUGACCUCCUGCGAAGGCUGCAAGGGUUUCUUCAGACGCAGCAUCCAGAAGCAGAUCGAGUACCGGUGUCUGCGUGACGGCAAGUGCCUGGUGAUCCGCCUCAACAGGAACCGCUGCCAGUACUGCCGCUUCAAGAAGUGCCUCGCCGUGGGCAUGUCCAGAGACUCUGUGAGAUACGGUCGGGUCCCCAAGAGGUCGCGGGAGAGGGAGGGGGAGGGUCGGGGUGAGGGCGGGGAAGGGGUGUCGCGGGAGGUGGAGAACAGGCAGCUGGCCAUCUACGACAUCAUCCUGACCAUCUCCCAGGCACACCACGCCAACUGCUCCUUCACCGAGGAGAAGACCCGCGCCCUCGUCAGGAAACCCAUCCCCUUCAACACGUCGGAGGUGAGCAGCGACCCCGAGGCGGCGUCGUCCACGGUGGAGGCGCUGGAGCAGCAGAAGAUCAGCAUGUGGCAGAGCUUCGCGGUCUUCAUGACGCCCUCCAUACAGCGGGUCGUGGAGUUCGCCAAGAGGGUGCCAGGGUUCUCGGAGCUGUCCCAGGACGACCAGCUGAUCCUCAUCAAGGUGGGCUUCCUGGAGGUGUGGCUGACGCACGUGAGCCGCAUGGUCAGCGCCCUCGACAACACCCUCACCUUCAGCGACGGCUCCUACGUCACCAGGAGCCAGAUGGAGAUGAUGUUUGACCAAGACUUUGUGGCCACCGUCUUCAACUUUGCGCUGACCUUCAACAACCUCAACCUGAACGACACCGAGCUCGCCCUGUUCACCGCCGUGGUCCUGCUCACCGCCGACCGCCCGGGCAUCACCGACACCAGCGCCAUCGAGCAGCAGCAGGACAAGAUCAUCGAGGCGCUCAGAGUACAGGUCGGCAGGAACCACGCCAGCGAGACUCACCUCUUCCCCAACGUGGUGAUGCGUAUGCCAGAGCUCCGGCAGAUCGGCGCCCGCCACCACGAGCACCUCAACUGGUUCCGCUCCAACUGGUCGAGGCUCAAACUCCCGCCGCUCUUUGCCGAGAUCUUUGACAUUCCCAAGUGCGAGGAGGACCUUUUAUGAGGGGCUGGAGUAUAGGAUAUUAUUAUGUGAAGAUAGUGUCUGGAUGCCUCACUGCCUCACCACCACCGCCACCACCACCAGAGGAUGGAUAGAUGGGUAGAUAUAAGCCUCAUCCACCUGUCCACACACCACCACCACCAUCGCCACACACCACCACCAUGCAAGAAGAGGAAGAGAAGGAGAAGGAAGAGGAUGUGAAGUGUACUGUACAACUGCAAGGAGGAGGAGGAGGAGGAAGAAAAGCAAGAUUAAGAGGUGGAAGAGAAGAGGAGGAGGAAGAGCAAGAUUAAGAGGUGGAAGAGGAUAGGAGGAGGAGGAGGAGGAGGAAGACACUCAGCUUAUUCCUCUUUACAUUCCUUAUUCCUUCACUUACUCAGUCUGCAAAGAGAAGACAAAGAAGGAAGAGGAAGAGGAGGAGGAGGAAGAUAACUACCCACCUCCUAAAACUCACUCCCUCACUCAACCUCAUAACCUCACUUCAACCACAAUUAAGGAAAAAAGAAUAUUAAACCUCUCCUCACACUCCCUCAUGAACUCCAAAGGAACAACAGCGGCCUAGGGUGGUGGUGAGAAUGUGCCCGUGUGCGUGUGUGCGUGUGUGUGCAUCGGCCCUCGUCUAGAGUCUACAGUGGUGUGCGCGUGCUGUGCCCUCCCGAUGAUGACGAUGAUGGGGAAGGGAGGGGGUCAUCUCCUGCCUUAUAUACAUACACUACUGCCCCCCUUGACCCCCCCCCGCCCCGCCCCCGCCCCCCUGACCACCUCCAAGGCACUCCUAAGCCCCUUGCAGAAGACCCUGCUGAAGGAGGAGGAGAGAAACGUAUGGAAAAGGAGAAAUGACUGUUUGGCAAUGACCCUAGAGGAGGAGAAGGAAGAGGAGGAGGAGGAGGGUCACACUCCCUCUAAGAAUGUGAUUGUGAUGGAAUUGUUCUCUGACACCGAAGAAGAAGAAGAAGAAGAAGAAGAAGAAGAAGAGGAGGAGGAAGAGUACCAUUCACCACCACCACCAUUACCACCACCAUACCACAUCCUUCCCAUGGUACCAGAAGAAGAAGAAGAACAAGAAGAACAAGAGGAAGAGGAGGCGAGGGCUCAACAAAAUCAUGGAAGAGCCAAUAUAUCUACAGACAAGAGUACAAAAUAACAAGAACAGACGAAAAAGAAGAGGAGGAGGAGGAGGAGGAUAGGAAGAGAACAAGAGUACAAAACAAGAGAAGAAGAGGAAGAAUGAGGAAGAACAAAGAAAAGAAGAAAGAGAAUAAAGGAAGGAGAUAACAACAGCAGGAUAACAAUAACUGAAGAGGCCUAAGCUUCUCCCAACAGAGUGUACCAUCUCGAAACGAACCAAUGAUGCCGAGAGCUCUGGUGACAUCUCAAGCCUCCUGUCACACACUCUCCGUAGCUGUGGUGGUGCGUGUGGGAUGCGUGGUGGGCGGUGCGUGGUAGGGUGACACUGUGCCUAAGGGGUCAGAGCCUAUAAAACGCCUCGGUAGUGCCUGAGUGAUAAGGUAAAUAAGAGAUUGGGGUUGAUGUGUGUGUGUGUUGUGUUUUGUGUGUGUGUGUGUGUGAAGGCGUUUAGAUGGAUAGAGAUGGAGAUUAUGGAGGAAGAGUAUAGUGAUAGACAGAUAGAGAGAAGGAGAAUGAAAGAAUGAAGUGAAAGGAAGGAAGGAAGGAAGGAGAGGAGAAAAAGAUGGACAGAGAGACAGAGAGAGACCAAGAAGGAAAGGAAGAGAGGAAGAAAGAGAUUGAAAGAAAAGAAGAAACAAUAGACAGACAGAGCAAGAGAGGGAUCAGGAAAGAAAGAAUGACAGAAAAGAAAAAACACACAAAGAAAGAAAGUAGGAAAGAAUGAAAGGGUAGGAGAAUGAAAGCAGUGAGAAAAAGAAAGAAGAAAAAUGUACAAAGAGAGACAAGAAAAGAAUCGAAGGAAGAAAAUGAGAGAAAGAAAGAAGAGGUAGACGGACAAACCAAUUUAUCAAACGCCAGAAAACUCAAAUCUAUUCCGAAACUUAUGCAUGAAGAAAAUGAUGUGCGUGUUUGUUACCCUGAAUGCAACCCAACCCGACCCAACCCAACCCCAACCAUUACCACCUCCCUCCCAUCCUCCCUUGACUCUUAAAACCAUGAAAAAAAAAUUAUUAAGCCUCAUUAAAACACACUUAACACUCCUCCCUAACCCCCUACCCACUCCACCACCACCUCGAGUCUGCCCCAGUCCCCACAAAGCACAAAGUAUGCAAACCCAAAGCUGGAAGGUAUGCAUGAAGCCCCUCCAAGCCUGUUCUGUCCCUUCCCCCGUAUGUGUGUUGGUAGGGUGACAAAAGAAGGAUAUGUAUAAGGCUUGUUGAGGGCAGUGUCAGGGUAGAUGAAGUGCAUGAAGGGAAGGAAGGAUAAAAAGGAAGAAUGUGUGAAACUUGUGAUAUGUGAAUUAGCAAAGGAAAAAAGAAAAGAAGAAAAAAAAGAAAGCAAAUAAGGAAGGAACGGUGUGUGAAACUUACGUGAUCUAGCAAAGGAAGGAAGGAA